AAUUGACGCAGUUCAUUAACAACUGCCUGGUUGCUAGACGACUCAAUCUGCAACACUGAUGUGAAAACAGUAACCUCUACAUGGAAAUAAAAUAUUUUAACGGGUUUCUGGAAGAUAUAGCUAGUCAACAGUGUCUAUCAGCGCAAAACCGGCUCAUUACCUGGAAAAACCGCAGUGUUGUCGACAAACAUCCAAGUUGUAGUUUAACGUUAGCUAAGGUCUCUUUUGUUGCUCCAUGUUUUUACUACUAACGUUAGCAAGAGAAGCAACCACAGUGCGCUUUUUGACUCGGAAAAAAUGAGAGGAUUAACGUUCACACGGAGAAAGUCAAGUUUUCCAACUUAACGUGACUGUUCGCUUACCAGCAAUGUUUAGUACAACUGCUAAGAUGUCUCUGGAGGCGAGUGAUAUUCAAACGGAUGAAGACUGUGAGGAGCUGGUUGAGGAUGGCUUCUCUUUUUCUGCUGAUAUUUUGGAAAAGAUAACAAAGCAGAAGCGGCCCUCCAGCAAGCCUCCUCCUUCUCCAAGGUCUCCAUACCUCUCCAGUCUGAAUGUGAACCCCAGAAGAGCAGCAGUGGCGGCCUGGAGACUGCCGAGGGCCUCCCUUGGGGACACCAGAGGGGACACUCCUGCGGAGAGUGGCUCAGCUCGCCUCACAUCCCUCAGCAACGGCCAUGAUGUGUCCCAGACGCUGAGAUCAGAGUGCGAUGUCACACCAGAGCUUCUCAAACAGACCUUCAGCAUGAGGAAGCACAAACAGCUCCACUCUGGAUCCAACGGCUUCACCCUCAGCACAGGUGACAACAGAGACAAGGAGGACAUGCACGAUGAGAUUAUUCGCCUCAAGAAGAGUCUCCAGGCACAGAAGUCUGACAACCAGCAAAUGAAAGCCAAACUACGCCGCCUGGAGGAAGAUAAUGCUAAAAGAGAGAAACAGAUAGAAGAACUGUUGGAUCCCACUAAAGGAUCUGAAUAUACUCGUAGUUUGGUGGAUAAGAAAAAAGAAGGGAGUGUUGUUCUCAAUGGGCUGAAACAGAGAAUCUUGAAGCUGGAGCAGCAGUGUAGAGAGAAAGAAAAUGCCCUGAGUAAACUACAAAGUGAGCUGAGGACCACCAACCUGGAGGAGCUGAAGAUUACAGUGGAAACCUACUUUGAUGAGAUCCAGAGGCUGAGGAUACUUCUAGAAGCUGCAGAGAAAAGUAGUCGAGCAGAGAGUAAAUGCUCCCAGAGGCAGCAGAAAGUUUUAAGCUCCACGGUUCGUCAUCUGUCUGAAAACCUGAAGCAGCUCCAACAGGAGAAUACAGGGCUCAGAGAGGAGCUCAACACUGACAGUCCUGCAGGAGGAAUCAAAGGUUACAGAGAGUGGAGUAAACAGAGACUGUUGAGAAGGCUGUUGGAAGUAGAGAAGAGGCUGGAGGACAGCAGAAGACACACCCAGUCAGCAAAACACAGCGGCCGAUUGGAUCAGGAGGUCCAGGCCACUUCCACUGAGAUUCUGGGCUUCACCAUGGCAACAGAGGCAGUGGUCUCCGUGGGAACGAGCACUGAGGAAGGGGCGGAGGUUUCUGAUCUUAGAGAACACCUCGUCCAAUUGGAGAAGGAGAAGGUGGAGUUUCAGGAGACGUUGUCAAGUAAAGAUGACAAAUUGAGCCAGUUGAGGAAAGAAAGAGAAGAAUUGGAGGCCGAGACAGAACGAUGGAAAGCUGAGCAGAAAAAUGAACAGGACAAAGAAAGACAGCAGCAUAAACAGGAGUUAGACCAGUUGUGGACGAGGAUCAAAACUCUAGAAGACAAAGGUAAACCUGCAGAAGCUGAGCUCCCCUCUCUCUCUGCCACAUCGCCUGAAGACACUCGGGCUGGAACGGGUCUGGACGAGGGAGAGGAGAUGGACACUGGAGUUAAAGAAGACAAGGGGGGUGAAGGAGAUGAAGAAUUGGGCACAGAUGCAGGGAACAAAGAAAGGGAGAAGGCAACUUUGGUCAUUCAGACAUACUGGAGGGAGCACAGAAACAGGGACAUUGUGAUGUUGCAAUCAGCAUUAAGAGGUCAUCUCCUCAGAGAGUCACAGCUCAAGAACCUGCUGAAAGACGCACAGAAUAAGGCUGUAGAAGCAACAAACCGCAGUGAUGUUGCAUCCUCUGUUGAAGGAGAGCUAGAUGUGGUUGCCUUGACGACACUACAGUCUGCAUUCAGGGGACACCUGGCUCGCUGUAGUCACACAAUUGAGAGCUCAGGGUUCUCUGUGCCUUCACUAAUGGGAAACAAAUUUCCCACACUGGAACCAAGAAGAGCUCGCUCAACACACACACCCAGCAGAACAGGUGCUGCAUCCCCCUAUAAAGAUGAUGAAAAGCACGGCGAGGAAGAAGACCCCUGGCUUGUCUCUAGCACUCACUCCUCCAGAAUGGCACCCACAACAGACCGAACAGAGCUUCGUUGUACAGCUGAGUCUGGUGGAGCCUCUGCAGUUGAUUCUGACGAUUCGGAUGACAUCAUCGUAUCUCCAUCACGUCCUCUGAAAGGCAGAGAAGUCUUAAUCUUAUAGACCUUCUGGGUUGUGUGUGUGUAUGUGUGAAAGGGAGAGAGAGAGAGAGAGAGUAAGAGUGUGUGCAGGAAGAAUUUCUGUCUGUGUUUCUACUCAGAGCCUGUACUGUAUGGCAGAGACUUGCACAGUCAUACCAUUCCAAAUCUUUAUGGUUUGGGAUCUAACUCAACCUGCAAAUGAUAGCUGGGAUAUUACAAUGUUAGUCAGGAUAGCAUUAAACAUACACAACAUUUGCUGUCUGCAAAAGCAAUUAUUUCUCUACAGUAAUAACCAGAAUAUUCUGGGAAGUUGGGUGCAGGUUUAUGACAUGACAUGAAGUUAAGAGGCACAUAAACAUCUCACUUUAAUUAUGAUCUUAUAAGGAUACUGUCAAAAUACAAUAUGUUGAUGUAUCCCAGUGUUGACAUGAGGCUAUAGGAUAUUCUCUUUAAGUGAAGGAGAAAGCCCCAAACAUGAACAUAAAUUGGACAUCCCCUUUAAUUUUUGUGGUUUAUCAUUUGAGCCAAAUAGCCCUUUUCAAUCAGUCUUAUGUAUUCUCAAUUGUUGUUUUGUUUACCAACGUGCCUACAUGGUUAUUCAAAUACAAAUUACAAUAGUAAACGUAUCCCUUUCUCUUAUCCUCACUGGUCCAAGUAAGCCAGAUCACUGUAAAUACCUCUGGAUUUCAAAGGCUUAAAAAAAGAAGGCAUUUCGACAAAAUACAUUUUGACAUGCCUGUUUGUAACACACAACCGUCUUUACACUAAUCUAUCAUGUGCGCUUAAUACAUUAUGGCUGAUUCUAAGGUAUGAUUGAGGGAUGAUUCCCAACUGAUGCACUAUUAAGUCAAACUGUGAAUAAAUUAUAGAUCAGUCUGCUGCAAGACUAAACACAUAGUCAGUACAGUGGAGGAUACACAGGGAGCAUAGCUAAUGCCAAUAAUGUUUGUGCUCUGAAAUAGACGAAUGAUAACAUAGUACAGUCAACAGAGAGAAUGGAUGAGUGCAGUUUUCCCCACAUAUGUGUAACUUAAUUUCUAAGACAUUCAAUAAAAUGCUGUUUUAUAAUGAAA